UUUGUUCUCCCGGCUCCUGCCUCCCGGCCCCGCCUGUGUCCUACAGAGGGGCCCUUUGUGUGCGUCGGCAGCGGGGCCAUGGCCGGGGCCGGGAGCGCAGCGCGGAGGCUGCUCCAGCCCUGCAGCCCGCGGGGCAGCGCGGAGCCCCCACGAGAGUGUCUGGCCCCUCUGAGAAAAGAGAGAGAAGCAGCCAAAGCCGAGGAGCUGCUGAAACAGACGGAAGCCGAGAGGCGGAAGGUCAUCUGGGAGUUGCAGGAGCUGCGAGGGUUUCUGGAGGAGCAGGAGCAGCGGCUGCUGUCCCGGCUGGAAGAACUAGAGAGAGCCAUUGUCCAGAGAAGGGAUGAGGGCGUUUGCAGACUGUCCCGGGAGAUUUCCCUGCUCAGUGAGAGGGGAGGAGAGAAGGGGCAGCAGUUGCUGAGCCAGCCCCUGCAGGGUGCUGGGAGCACUGGGGGAAGCAGGGAGGAUGUGAGAUUUCAGAGUCCGGAGCUGGGGUAUGUGGAGCUGGAGAAGAGACUCAGUGAUUUCUCUCUGAAAAGUGCCCACCUGCAGGAGGUGCUGCUGGGAUUCAAAGAGACGCUGCGACGGGAGCUGGGGAGUGACACAGGCUGCAGAAUAACAUCCCCGGGUCCCUCCAGAUUCUCCCAGCCUGCCCAGGGAAGGGAAGUGGGUGCAGCAGAGCUGUCUCAGAGGCCGGUGACCUUCGAGGAGGUGGCUGUGUAUUUCACCAGGGAAGAGUGGGCUCUGCUGGACCCCACUCAGAGAGCCCUCUGCAGAGACGUCAUGCAGGAGAAUCAUCAGAAUGUGACCUCGCUGGGUAAGGAUCCCCAUCCCCUCGGUUCUUAGAAGCAGAAAUGCAGAGUUAAGGUUCACGUCACCUGUGACGAAGUGGGAAUGUUCUUUGUUUUCUCUGAAUACUGAGA